AUGCUAGAGGCGACGAUCAAUGGAUGUCUCUACACUACUCCUCUCGCCAUCGUCACCUGGAAAUUUACACGACUACUGCUGGAAAACGGUGCCGAUGUGAAUGCAACGAAGGAUGAUUCUAACCCAGAACUUGAGGUUGUUAAACUCUUGUUGGAAAAGGGUGCCAAUGUGAGGGCUAGUACUUCAACGGGUUCAACGCCAUUGCAUUUUUCUUGUUGCUAUGCGCUGCAGGUGCCGGUUGUUCAGUUACUAUUGGAUCGAGGGGCUGAUGUGCAAGCCAUAAAUGGGGAUAGAACGACGCCGUUGCACCUAGCUUGUUUGAAUGAAAAUGUGGAAAUUGCUAGGAUGUUACUAUUGGACCGAGGUGCCAAUGUGGAGACAAAGACUAGUAAGGGUAUCACCCCGCUGGAGAUGGCAUACUACGAAGUCAAGUGUCCAAAGCUCACGCGGUUGCUUGUACAACACAUGAUGGCAUUGGCCGGUUGUGCAGUGAUCGUUGAGACUGAUGUAAUUUAUGAUGUGGUGGCCUUAUGGUUUUGA